GUUGGGUAAUGGACCCAAUUAUUCUAAAAACAAUGUCCAAACACAGUAAAUAGCACCCCACUGAAGACCAUGACUCAGCCAACAUAUAUGGACCGUCAACAAACUCCCAACGUUCCGCCGCCGUUGCGGCCAACGGUACACCAGGACGACGCCGACCAAGAAGACGAAACUGUGAAGCAGCUCAACGAGUGCUCAUCUGUCUACUUAUCUUUACAGGAUUGUCUGAUCAAUUCUGACCGGAAUUGGAAGUCUUGUCAAAAGGCCGAGGGUCUUUCGGAAACAGCCGCCCUACCUUUUAAGGUGGAGGUUAGGUCUGCGUACACUCUACCCUCCUAGACCCCACAUGAUGGGACUAUACUGGGUUUGUUGAUGUUGUUGUUGUAACAGGGACAGGGAAUAAAAAAGAAUGCUCAAUUGUUUACUGCUUUAUAGUUAUUCCAAAAACUGCUUGAUGCUUGCAGAAGUUCGGGCUCUCAAGGCGUGUAAUGAAAGAAGACACAAGGACAAGAGGAGUUGAGAAGCCUUUUGAUCUGAAGUUACUUCUUCUCUGCUGAUUAUUGUUUUAACUGUUGCUGGUAUUAGAUGAGUAUGACUAAGACAUGUCUAUUUUCUCUCUGUAUUCUAUGAUUAUUACGCUGUUAGUUUGGUUUCUGGAGGCUGAUACAAACUACAAAGAACAAUUUAAUAUUAUCUAACUUUAGUUAUACUUUUAAUUGGAAAAAAUAUUAGCAUGUC